AUGGACUUUCUAGAUUUUCCGGCACUGGUAGUGGACGAGUCUGCUGCAUUACCUCAACCAGCGUCACGUCUUUCGUUGGCAAGCUUGAGAUUGAAUGACGAUGAACAAGAGGCCAAAUUCGUUCUACCGAAUGUCAGCAAGCAUGACACCGAGUUUACCGAUCUUCACAGCAAGAUGAAACAUUUUGCCAGCAUUUCCCUCGGUGAAAUACGCCCUGCGUCCGUCUCUUUAUCGAAGGAGGUCGCAGCUCCUAUAUCAAAUAACAUCGAGAAACCUACAACUACAAACCAACUUUUAUCCAAGAAGAUUAACAGCUUAUUGAAUGUUCCCAAUUAUGCGAGUUACACAUCUGAUUCAGAAACAAAACGAGCUCUUCAAAUCCUUGAUGCAAAUCACUCUGAUUUGGGACUUAACUUCAACCAACUGGUUGCCUCUGAUUUCGUUGGAACUUUAAACAGAAAAUCACUUCGCUCAAAGCUUGAGAAUUCAAUGCUCAACUCCCAUUCGGAUAUUUUGAGUAACUUUCAGUCUAUUGCAAGAAGAAUCAAAAGACUUUCUGGACCCUUGGAAAGAAUUAACAAUGCUAUGCAGAAUUUUAAAGAUACAACGGAAUCCAUAGAUUUUGAAUUCGAACAUGUCAAAGAUAGACUUGAUCAAUUGAAGGCAAGACGUCAGGUAAUAAUUAAAUUAAGGGAUUCCUUGACUUUAACGCAAUUAGAACUGGAUCAUUUACAGAAUGGAACAAUUAAUGACCUCUUCUUUCAGAUUCUGAAUAAAAUCAACUUUAUCAAAGAAAAAGCAACAUAUCUACUCUCCAAUGAGAAGACCACAUCUGCUGGCGUGGCACUAUUAAAAACGAUGAAUAAUAAUUUAACGGUAUCGAACAAACGGAUAUAUAAUUAUCUCAUAAACUUCAUUGAAGAAUAUGAUACUUUAUCAAGGCAGUACGGCGAACGUACUAUUGGCGAUGAAUCUCUCUCUAACUUCCAAACGAGCUUGAUUCAUUUAUCAAAUGACGUUCAAUUCUUUCAAGAUUUCUUGAACAGAAUUGUGGGGUUAAGGUCUAAAAGGUUAUUAGACGACUUUUUGUCUCAAUUUGAUAUAGAUAAUAAAAAGUUACAAAGACCUAUUAUACUAUCGGCCCAUGACCCUGUCAGAUAUCUUGGUGAUGUCCUAGCUUACGUGCACUCCAUGAUUGUUAACGAACUAGAAUUUUUGAAAUCAACUUUCAAGCUAAAGUCAGAAUUAGUAACGUCCGACUCAGUUUUGAAAGAUAAUAUGGAUUUCAUUGGUGACUUGCACCUGAAGCUUCUCAACGAAAUAUUUACCUCAUUGGCGAAUACAAUCAGAAUAAGGUUAGAACAAAUUGUCCGAUUUGAAAAUAACCCGAUGCUAAAUCUAGACAUCGUUCAGUGUUUGAGUUUAUACCAAAUGAUGCUCGUAAAAAAUGGUAUCAAUGAAUCCAGUCAAUUAAUGACUAGUCUCAAUGAUCUGGAAAAUCUCGCAAGAUCCAAAAUUGUUUCAAGUGUUACAUCAUAUCUCAAGGACUUGGAUAAAAAUCAAAUUGCGGCUGCCGAUCUACUUCCACCAGACUGGUUUGUAGAUUAUUUGUCCAAACUUUCUCAACUUUUGAACAAAUUGGAGCAGCAAAACGAAACAAGAAUAUUAACAGAUGAUUUGUAUGAUAAGCUGAUUUUAGACCCCAUUAAUAAUAACUUAGUAUUGAAUUUGCAGAAUUGGUUCCCCACAGCUAAAAAGGAAAAGUCAGCCAGAAUUGAUUUACUUAUCGUACAGAUUAAUAGUUUUGAUCUCGUGAAAUCAAAACUAGGUCCCUUUCACAGCACCAUUUUUUCAUCUGAUUACGGCAAAAGCGUCUUUUCGAAACUGGAAACGCAGUAUACAUUAUGCGUUACCAAGUUAAAGGAAACAAUGAAUAGCUAUCUGUUCGAAUCAACGGGUAUGGAAUUGUACUUUAAUCUCUUCAACAUGAUUUUCCCAAUUAUUUCUGUGCAAGAUGAGCUUGAUUACGACAUGUAUCUUUCGGCGGUUGAGAACCCAAUCAUGAAAUUAGCAGUUAUUCACGACAAUAUCCACGAAAAAUUGAACACCUAUCUUCCAUUAGCAGUUUCUGAUUUUCAAGAUGUAAAAUUAUUCAAUUUGAUGCCACCAGCGGUUGAAGAGGACAUUGUGUCCACCUGUUUCGGAAAUUUUAUCAAAUUCUAUAAAGUGUUCAAAAGCGUUUUGAACAAAAUAUAUCCGGAAGACGAAGAAAUGAUAAUGUCGACAUUAAACUUUACGACUAACGAAGUUUCCACCCUACUAGGUGUUGAAGAUAAAUAA